CGCGCAGAAGCCGCUGCCUCCCGGGAGCCGGCCGUGCGCUCCGGCCCCGCGCCCGCCCGCCGCCCGCCCGCGCGGCCCGCGGGCUCCCGGUAAGGACGCGCGGCGGUCGGGAAGCCGAGGCGGCGGGGAGAGAGGUCGCGCAUCGCGACCGGGGGCUCCGCGCGAGCCGCCCGCGUCGCCUCGGUCCCCGCGUCGCCGCGGCUCAGGGGCGCCGUCCAGGGCCGAACUUCCUCCGUGGGAACCAGGGAACCGGCGCCUCUGCUGCGCCCUCCCAGGGCCCGGGCAGGUGGCAUCUCCCCAGGCUCCGCGCCGGGCGCGUCUGUCCCCAGGCCGUCAGCGGUCAGGAGCGAAAGGAGCUGCGUUCGGUGUGCGCGAGUAACUGGAUAAAAGAAGACUGAAAACAUGUCGGAGUUUUGGUUAAUUUCUGCCCCUGGAGAUAAGGAAAAUUUACAAGCACUAGAGAGGAUGAAUACAGUAACCUCCAAGUCCAACCUGUCUUAUAACACCAAAUUCAUGAUUCCUGAUUUCAAGGUGGGGACCUUGGAUUCCCUUGUUGGCCUCUCUGAUGAGUUGGGGAAACUCGAUGUCUUUGCUGAAAGCCUCAUAAAGAGAAUGGCCCAGAGCGUGGUGGAAGUGAUGGAAGAUGCAAAGGGGAAGGUCCAGGAAAAUCUUCUGGCCAACGGAGUUGACUUAACGUCCUUUGUGACCCACUUCGAAUGGGACAUGGCCAAGUACCCUGCGAAGCAGCCGCUGGUGAGCGUGGUGGACACUCUGGCAAAGCAACUGGCACAGAUUGAGAUGGACCUGAAGUCCCGCACAGUGGCCUACAACACUCUGAAGACAAACCUGGAGAAUCUGGAGAAGAAAUCCAUGGGAAACCUCUUCACUCGGACCCUGAGCGAUAUUGUGAGCAAAGAAGACUUUGUGUUGGAUUCCGAAUAUCUGAUCACGCUUCUGGUCAUUGUCCCCAAACCAAGCUACUCACAAUGGCAAAAAACCUACGAAUCCCUCUCGGACAUGGUGGUACCACGGUCAACCAAGUUGAUCGCUGAGGACAACGAGGGCGGCCUCUUCACCGUGACUUUGUUUCGAAAAGUGAUUGACGAUUUCAAAACCAAAGCCAAAGAGAAUAAGUUCACUGUCCGUGAGUUUUACUAUGAUGAGACAGAAAUUAAAAGGGAAAGGGAAGAGAUGACCAGGUUGCUGUCGGAUAAGAAGCAACAAUAUCAAACUUCCUGUGUUGCUCUUAAAAAGGGAUCAUCCACCUUCCCGGACCACAAGGUUAAGGUAACCCCGCUAGGGAACCCCGAUAGGCCUGCUGCGGGGCAGCACGACAGAGAGAGAGAGAGUGAGGGCGAGGGUGAGGGCCCACUGCUGCGAUGGCUCAAGGUGAACUUCAGCGAAGCCUUUAUUGCCUGGAUCCACAUCAAGGCGCUAAGAGUGUUUGUGGAGUCUGUGCUCAGGUAUGGACUACCAGUGAACUUCCAGGCGGUUCUCCUUCAGCCUCAUAAGAAAUCAUCUACCAAACGUUUAAGAGAGGUUCUGAACUCCGUCUUCAGACACCUGGAUGAAGUUGCAGCUGCAAGUAUAUUGGAUGCAUCCGUGGAGAUCCCUGGAUUGCAACUCAGCAACCAAGACUACUUUCCUUACGUCUAUUUCCACAUCGACCUGAGUCUUCUUGACUAGAAAGACACGCCGGCGCUGCUAAACUUGCAUAUUCAUGCAGACCACUACAGACACUUCUCUCCUUUAGCCAGAGAGCAGUUUAAGUAUCCUACAAAAUUUUAAAUUUUUAGAUAAAUUGCUCACAAAAAUUAGUUACAGUCGUAUUUAUUUUUUUUAAGUUACAAUAAAGAAAUGUUCUCAGUC